AUGGGCUUGGUGACUGCCCAGUUUGUGCAUCCCAGGAGCCCCUGCCCUGCAACAGACUGUCUUCCUCUGGAAACUGGCCCACCCGAGAUCCCUCUGUUCAGCCUGGCUCUGCGGCUUACACUCAUCCUCGUACCCCAGCCUCUGUACAAGCCUGACAGCGGGGGGCGGCGGAGCCUGGGCUCAGACCCCUGUGCGCCGAACGCAGGGUGGCGCGGGGCGCGGACGCCUCUUUGGAGAAGUGUUCGUUUCGGAGUCUGUGCGUCCGUUUCGGAGUCUGUGCGUCCGUUUGUGGCACUGGGGCCCAGGGCCCCUGGCCAGUGCCCAGCCCCGCUGGGAGCCCCGGCCAGCACCACGGACGGCACCCAAGAAGCCCGUGUCCCCCUGGACGGGGCCUUCUGGAUCCCGCGGCCCCCAACAGGUUCGCCCAAGGGCUGCUUUGCCUGCGUGUCCAAGCCCCCCGCCUUGCAGGCUCAAGCGGCCCCUGCCCCUGAGCCCUCAGCGUCACCCCCCAUGGCUCCUACCUUAUUCCCCAUGGAGUCCAAGAGCAGCAAGACCGACAGUGCGCGGGCGGCUGGUGCCACACAGGCUUGUAAGCACUUAGCGGAGAAGAAGACCAUGACAAACCCCACAACAGUCAUCGAAGUCUACCCAGACACCACCGAGGUGAACGACUACUAUCUGUGGUCUAUCUUCAACUUCGUCUACCUCAACUUCUGCUGCCUGGGCUUUAUCGCGUUGGCCUACUCCCUCAAAGUUCGGGACAAGAAGCUCCUCAAUGACCUGAAUGGGGCAGUGGAGGACGCCAAAACGGCCCGUCUGUUCAACAUCACCAGUUCGGCUCUGGCGGCCUCCUGCAUCAUCCUGGUCUUCAUCUUCCUGCGGUACCCACUCACUGACUACUGACCCCACAGGCACCAGGGCCAUGAGGAUGAAGCACUGAGACUUGCUUAAUUUUGUGGUCACUGAGAUGCAGGAUGCCCUGAGGCUGGGGCACAUUGAGGCUCCUGUCUGGGCCUCAGAAGCUGUGUGUGACUCAGAGCAAGGCCUUCAAAGCUGAACACCCAAGGAGCAGAGAGCUCCAUCUAGCCCCCAUCUGCCUCCUGGCCCACACCCUGCCUGUCUCUGAGUCCCAGCUUCUUCCCUGCUGCUGCCCCAGCUUCCAUGUGCCCUGCCCAAGUUCCGGGGCCCGCAGAUCCCAUAACCAGCAAGAAGGGCUUAUGUGGGAGCUCCCAGGAUGAGGGGCUGCCAGCACCUGGGGCUCACUCUGUCCUGACCCUGCCUCCUCCAAACUGUGACCUGCUCAGAGCACUUGUAUCUGUGAACUUUCAAUAAAAUAGCUACUCGGCACCUG